UCAGCUUAACUGUUAUUUAGUACCUUGUUUUUAUUUCUUUUUUUUUAUUUUAUAAAGAUUACCUUCAUUCCCUUCAUGACGCAAAUACUUGACAUUCAGCAACGGAAUGAAAAAUUGGUUAUAGGCGUACCAAAUUUAAUCAAGGUCAACAGUCGAGUUAUAAGCAAUCAAGAAUUGAUGCCACACGAAUUAUGGCAUAAAGUUAUAUCGUAUUUACCACUUUCACAAAUAUGCAGACUAGGUAAAGUGUCAAGAAAAUUUAGGGGGUUGGUGACACAGCAUAGUGUCUGGAGAGACAUUUGUCAGAGAGCAGGGUUGUUAUCUAGGAUACCUCAUAACAACACAAUUUACGAAACCAUACUCAGUCGAUAUAGCAAGUACAUUUGUGAAUUGUGUGGCAUGUAUUGUGCACGUAAAGUUGGCUCUAUGGUCAGCUUACCAGUUAUUAUUGAGUCAUUUGACAUGAUUAUAAGCUUAUGUAGAGACUGUCGGGUUCAAUUCUAUCAAUCCUACCCGGAACCAGAGAGGGAUUUACCCAAGCGUAAGAUGAUUUAUCCCAUUUCGUGUGAAUGGAUGAAAUGCCACACACUACCACUGUAUUCCGCCAUGGUGGAGUAUGCGUUAGCUGAAUAUGAAUUAAAGCAACUGUCUUGUGCAUAUCAUGGCAGUAGUAUCAAUGUGGCACCACUGGUAAAACACUAUGACGAACGAGAUGUUAUUGUUCUGGCCCGUAAAAUUCAUGGUGGUGAAAUAGGUAUCACAAGAGCUUUGAUGUGCUCUUUAAAUAUGUUUCGGCCAUUGUCUUUGCAGCACACCAAGGUGGAUAGUGGUGGAAGCUGUUCACGAGAGUACGCACGAAAGAUGUUAAUAUCCAAACGCUGUCAGUCGACUGGUCAAAGCAUAAAUUAUAGCUGUAUAACGUAUCAAGAAUAUAUUUUGUCGGGUGUAGGAAGCGUUGCUACGACGUUACAUGAUAUGCAAGAAAAUUAAAAAAGGCCACCUCAUGUGUAACCGUUAUAGAUAAAUCGAGUUUUUGUUGUUGAUAAUAUUAGGAUUAGAUAACACUGAUUCAUUUUUUAAAAAGAAAUAAAAAACUAGAUUAUCAAUCUGCCCCAUCUUUUUUUUUGUAUUUUUGUAUUUUUUUUUUUUUUUUUUUUUUUUUUU